AUGCGUUCUUAUUCAACCCCACCUCCUCUCUACCUGAGCCUCCUUCUCUUUCUGUCCUGCAACUCCGCUGUUCUUUCCUGUCAGACUGGAAACUACGUCCAGUGUAAGGCUGCUCCUUUUAUACCAGGUCACAACCUGGUGGGGGAGGGAUUUGAUGUGGUCACUCUGCGACGAAAGGGAGCCUACGUGAUUGAUGUGAAUACCUACCUCACCCCAAGUGAAACAUGUACUCUCUGCUCCAAUCCGCUUCAAGGCAACAUGCUGCAAAAACUGCCAGUCUCUGCAGUGGACUGGCGUGCAUUCAGCCGAUGCAGUGCCGACAUUUACAGCAGUGCCCACAGCUCUGUUAGCUCUUUGGUUGACACUUACACCUCCCAGGACAGUGUUGACUGGAAGGUUGGCCUAAAUUUAGAGAAGUUUGUGGCUGCUAGCCUGGAUGUGGGAGGAACGCAAUCCACUGCCUAUAAUUUUGCUUCAGAAAGGACCAAAGCAGACCGCCACACCUUCAGCACACACAGGGUCACCUGCAACCAUUACAGUUACCGAGUAUCAGACAGACCACCUCUCAGCUCUGAGUUCAGUUCGGCUGUAGCUAAGCUACCAGGUUUCUACAACAGCUUCACCAGAGCUCAAUACAGUCAGCUCAUACACACCUAUGGCACACACUACAUCCGCCAGGUUAAACUUGGUGGUCGACUGAGGCGAGUCACAGCUGCACGAACCUGUCUGUCCUCACUAAACGGACUGUCCUCAGAUCAGGUCCACUCCUGUUUAUCGCUGGGUUUCUCUGUUGGCUUGGGAAAGUUCCAACUAUCUGGUAACAGAGACUCUUGCAACAAGGUCCUUCAAAACCAGGGUCUUUCUGUUACAUACGGCUCUGGACUCCACCAACACUACACAGAGGUGGUAGGAGGCAAUGGUUGGUUGGGAGAGUUUGCACUCACACAUAAUAACUCCCUUGGCUAUCUAACUUGGCUGAAGACACUGAAGGAUCACCCAGAUGUUGUUUCCUACUCCCUUCGGCCAAUCUACGAGCUGAUGACAAAUUAUACACAAAAGACAGGGAUGAAAGCUGCCAUUGAGGAGUACUUAGAGGACAAUGCUGUGAAAAAAUCACCCAGUGAGCCAAAUUUUUGUUCAAACAUUCCUAAUCUGGCUUCCAACUGCUGUCCUCUGCAAGCCUGGAGGGGGACGCUAAAGGUUACCAUUUUGCGAGCCUGGGACCUGAAAGGAGAUCCAACUGGCAAGACUGAGGGCUAUGUAAAAAUGUGGUUUGGCUCCAUCUAUCGGCAGACUCAUUGGAUUCGGUCAAACAACCCCCAGUGGAACGUGAAUUAUGAUCUGGGCAAGGUGGACACACACUCUGGUUUGAAGGUUGAAGUUUGGGACAAGGACGUAACGUCUGAUGACCGUCUGGGAUCAUGUCUCAAGUAUCUUCAGCAGGGGACACACACAAUUACCUGUCCAGCUAAAAGAGGAGGUUUUGAGGUCCGGUACAUUCUGACAUGUGACUCUCAUCUGGCUGGAGACCGGUGUAAUAGUUACCAACCAUCUGCAAAAUAA